AUGGUUGGUAUCAGCCAAGUAACCAUGAGCCGUGGUGCGCUUGCACUCGCGACUCUGUCAAUGGUCGCUGCACAAGCUCAAUUCCAACAGCCCAACAUGCGCGCUCUCCAAAACAGCUCUCCCCUCUUAGCCAGAGAGCUCCUGGUACCCGGAAUAGAUACAAAAUCACCGAACUCACUUACCAACUCGACGCACACGCUCCAUCAUCGCGGUGUCUCUAGUUCAGCACACGGUUCCGACACCAAGUCUGGAAUCACUAAAGGCCAUCGCCAAGGAUCGCUUGACGAAAAUGGCGAGAACCCCGUUGACAAGAUGGGCUACGACACUCAAGCAAAGAAAGAAUACUGGGAAGGAAAAUACAAACGUUUCAAUUCCAAAAAGCCCUCGACCUCUUCUUCCAAGGGCCCCGCAAAUGACGUCCCUCCUCAGGGAACAGUCAGUGAUCUAAGGGACAAAUGGGAGAAUGAUAUCCCUGGCAACGUGAAUUCCGCCGCGGACUCACGAAGAGGUUCAAACCCUAUGGACAACCAUGGAGAUAUCAGAGAUAUGUGGGAGAAUAAUAUUCCUAGCAGUCAGAGACCUGGCUCCAAACCAGACACGCCUCCAGCUCCGGAGGCUCCUGGUGAAAACAAGCUCGACGACGCAUCUACCAACUCCGAAGGAGACCUUAAUGAUUUAACGGGAGAGCAACGGGCCAAGGUCUCGGACCUCAAGAAGAAGUUUGAGAAUAUGGGAUCAUCGUCAAAUCCUGCACCUGCACCUGCCAGGCCAGAUCCUCAGGCGCAGCCACCAAGCAGCCCUGAUCAGCCCGCCGAUCCAAUGAGACCAGCGGAUUUACCGAAACCGGGCACUGUGCAAGAUCUUAAGAACAAAUGUGAGAAUUCCGGUGUUGACGACGCUAUUCCUCCAAAGGCGCCCUCAACUCCAGAGCCAAACCCAGCUCCGAAUCCAAAGGCGGUGUCAGAUCCAAGCCCACCUUCAGAUCCUGUCUCGCCACCAACAGCACAGGAACCGUCCAUAGUCGAUCAGUUGAGAGAAUUCUCAUCUUUUGAUGCCAAUGGAAAGUCCAUCAGCCCGCUAGUCUCGCCAAAAAGUGGCAGUCCUCCGCCGAAGCGGCCUCUCCAUGAAAAGAUCAAUAAAUGGGAGAAAGCAAGCAACAAAGAUGCCAAGAAACGUCCAGAAGCAAAGUACGAGCUCGAAGACCCAGCACUUCACCCAAAGCCACCUCGCCCAGAAAUCCCCAAAGAUGCUGGCGUCGAUGUCGAUGCCGCAGUCCAACGAGGAAUGGAUGCUGCUCGGUCAAGAAAUCCAGAGAUCAAGCGCAUUGACAAGUCCAUCAAUGAUCUGGUGAAGAGCAUGGAGCAUAACGCGGCAUACAGAGGGCUUGGAGACCAGCAGAUUGCUAAGAUCAAGAAUAUGCAGGCAAGACGUGAUGCUGAGGAGAAGGAGAUGUUGAAGCAGAAAGCGGACCUCGCAAACAAGAGAAAGCAUCUCGAAGAUGAGCGCACCAGACUUGGAACUGACAAGUCUGAACACCAGGAAGAUCUGGCACAAGAAGCUUUGGAGGAGUUCUUGGAUCUCUUCAAACAGUACAACGCUGGGAUCGAUAGCAUGUAUCAGACCAUAGAUGAUAUCAAGAGGCUCGUUGAUGAAACCGCGGAAAUGGCGAAAAUUAGCGAAGCGAACGCUGCUGCCGCAAAGGAGCUCGAAAAGUCCAUCAUGGAUGAUAGAGCCCGACGAGCUGCUGAGCGAGCAGCACACAAUGCUAGAUUGGGCAGGCCAAACAAGGUCAAGCCUAUUGAUAUCCCUCCCAUCAUUCAAAGUUUCAAUGUCGACGGUGGCAAGAUUUCGAAUGUGAAGACGAAUGUACCUCCACCUAAUGUGCCUCUUCCAGAGCCUCUCCCAGGCAGUCUGAUCAAAGUGGAUGAUCCGAUGAGACUUGCUUUGGACGACAUCCGGGUCAAGGGGAAGUUGACUCAAGAGACCGCUGAUAAGUUAGUCGAGGCAGGAUGGGGCAUUACUCCACAAGCUGAGCAGGUUCUGAAGAAUUAUAACAUUCCUGUCGAUAAUAUGGCUAGAGCCAAAGGAGCGAUCGCCGGAUUUGCAUCGACGGCACAUCUUGCCCCUGUAGGCGUUCUGGCUUCCGCCCCAGAAGCUUUGGAACUUGCUGCACUCGCCGGAUCUCCAGAAAUUCUCGCAGCAGUCGGUGUCGGUAUGGCUGCUCCUGAGAUUGCCAAGGUUGUAACUACGGCACUUCCAGUUGUCGGAACUGCGACGGAACAAGCACUUCAGCAAGGAGUUGUUGCUGCUCAGGUUGCUGGCGUUGCUGGCAAGGAAACAUUCUCUCUGCUCACAUCGGGAACGACUGCGGUUGCCAAGAGCUCAUAUGCAAUACUGGCCGCAGGAACCGGAGCUCUAGGAGCAGGAUUGGGAUUGAUCGGUGGAUUUAUUGGAGGCUUGUUUGCGAGAAAGCAUAGCAAGGAUGAUGUCAAGCAUGCUGUCCAUAGCGUUAUCACGACCCAGAUGCAUACUGCAGUCCCAACCAAGACUGUGAUGGAGCAUAUCACAGAAACACUGGAGGGAAAGACUGUCACUGUCGAGAAGACGAAAACUCCGGAGCUAACGACCAAGAGCUUAAAGUCGAACUCCGAGAAGUCUGCGAAGCCGAGCCACAUCAAGACGAGUGCGUCCAACGCAGACACAACUUCGUCCCAUUCGCCCAAAUCCUCAGAGAUCAUGAGAUCUGGUUCAGGACAUUCAAGUAUGGCAGUACCAACCACAAAGGAGCAUGGAAGAGGUCCAAUCAUCGUCCCUCCAGUCAUUGUGCCAAUCAAGGGCGGCCAUAAGACGAAGACUUUAUCUUACUCGAAUUCCACAACAUCCCACUCGGCAAGUAAGAUAUCUGUGUCGAGUUCCACAAAACCUGUGCAGUUGACGAUUUUCAACGUUCCAACUAUGUCUCCGACAUUGAACCAUCCCGUGAGCAGCCAUCGCCCUGUCAUUGCUCCGUAUCCGAGACUUAAUGGUACACAUUCGCCCGGUGGAGGACAUCAUGUCACUACUCCAGUCGCUUUGCUCCCCAGCAAAGUAAAUGUCACCAGACCGAGUAGGACAAUGAGCACUUCCGUCGCUUCUUUUGCAGCUCCUCAUCAUCUUACCAAUGUUACGAAGCCUUUUAGAAACUUGAGAAAUGACACAAGUCCAAUCGUGCUUACUCCAUAUCCUAUGCCGAAUGUUACGAAGUCGGCUGAGAACAUGACAAAUGGAACGUCCAGAGCAUUGGUGUCCAGUCCAACUCAGAUUCCACCAUACCCUACGAUAAAUGUCACAAAUGUGACUGGGAACUUGUCAACAUCAGUGGCUCCAUUGGGUACGUCCGAAUCGAGGAGCAGGACCUCGGUUUUCCCUCCUUUCUCGACGACAAAUGUCACAAGCACAGCUGGGAGCUUGUCAACAUCUGGUGCCUCAUCAAAUUCGCCCGAAUCUUGGAGCAAGACAUCGAUGCCACCUCCACAUCCUGUGGCAAAUGUCACCAUCCGUGCUGGGAACAUGACAACAGCAUCCCCAACGCUCGUCCUGACUCCAGCCCAGGUAGCUGAGAUAACGUCCGGUGCAUUAAAUUGGCAAAAUAUUUCUUCGUCUUCAAUGCCACCAAGCCAUAACGUGACAUUGCCACUACUCACUCUUCCGAGCCCAACGAAGACACGGCCAUGGUCCAACAGCACUCUGGCGAUGUUUCCAACCACUUUCGAGACAUCAGUAAAGUCAACGAGUAGCAAUGUUCCGAAGCGGGCAAACUCAACCAUCAGUGACUUCUCAUUGCUACCAACGAGUCUAGCAAGUGCACCAGUGUUAGAGCUGGCCCACGAAACCGCCGUACCAGAGGUGACAGAGGAGGAGAAGGAGAUCCCGGAGAUGAGUCGGGGAUUCAACUUGACGUCGAGUGCCAAUUCGACGAUGGGUCGUAGUCUUCCAUUCAGUCGCAGAUCUUGA